AUGAAAAAAUGGGAUGAUGAUUUUCGUAUGAAGAGCUACGUUAAUAAAAUCUAGAAUGCGAAGUCCACAGUGCCGAGUAAUCAAAAAAAAUCUAUGAAAAAACAACCAAAUAGGGAUUCAGAAUACAGUAGCCAUGUAUCAUAUAGAUCUGAUUUCACUGAUAUCAAGGAAAGUUUGUUGUUCAAAUAAUUGUUUGAAUACAAUUUAUAAUAAUAUGCACAUAAAUUAUUAUUAAGAGGCUAUUUAGGUGGAUUAUAAACCUUAGCUCAAUAACCAAUAGAUUUAUAAAACCAGAUACUACAAGAGAUUAGAUUACUGCCUGGACAUAAAUAAAAAUUUUUAGAUUUGUUUAAAUAUUUAAACGAUCAUUACAAUCCUCAUAAUUAUAAUGUCUAAAAUUCAUAAACCCCAACUUACAAUUAAUAAAACAGAAAUACAUUGCCUUAAUAAUUUAAUUCCCACAGUAAGAUUGAAUAAACAAGAGAACCUUAUAUUGAAAUACUGAAGCCAGUCAAUCGAAGAGCAUCUCUCAAACAUUUCUCUCCUCUCUAAGAGAUUGGAGUCAUUAAACCAAGAGUAUUACCAAAAUUGGAAAGACGCUCUAUUAAUGGAAACAACGACAAAAGUCCUAAAUUUUCCGAUAGUUUAACUUAACAAUUAAUUCCCAAUUAAGGAGCUACUCAUGGUAGUUCUCUGUCAAUAACUAAAGAAAUUCCAAAAUCAUUAUCAAAAACUAAUAAUAUUCCUAUAGUGAAAAUUAAAUAAACUAUUAAGAAAAAGUCAAUGAUCAAACAAAACGCUGAGAAAGACAAUAAAUUAUUGAAGAAAUUAUUAUAAAUCAAUUCAAAAAAUAGCAUAGGAGCAGAGAUUCAGUUAUAGUAAGAUUAGAUUUAAUUGAUGUAUUAAUCAUUUGAUAAUGGAAAAUUAGCUUCCACCUUGAUCAAUAUUGAUAUUGAGGAGAUUAGUUAUUGUGUAAGCAUUACUCUGUAAAAAAUGAUAUCCAUUGUUGAUUUGGAGUAACAAAGAUAUCUCGAAAAUGAAAUCUAAGAAAUUCAACAAUAAAUCUUCAAGGAGUCUGAUUAAUACGAGGAGUUCGAAUCCAGAACCAAUAAAGAGAGAUACAGUGAGGAUUGUCGAGAUGAAGAAAACAAUGAUCAAACAGUCAAUAUAUCAAAGGUAGAUCAGACAAAUUGUUAAGAUUACUUAGGAGAAGCAAUAAUAGAGCCUGAAAUUACAGAUUAAUAUUAUGGGAGUGAAGAUGUUGCCACUGAAUAGAUCCAAAAUGCAGAUCAAAGUGAAUAAUCAAAAUUAUAGACUGAAUAGGAAUAAGGGGAUUAUUUUUAAGUACAAGAAUAGGAUAAUAACGAAUAAGUUUCUAAAUCAUAUUUUUCAGUUGAUACAUCUUAUAAUUUAGAAGAUUACCUAUUAUUUAAUAAAGUGUUUAUUGAUAAAACGAUGACUAAUUAUAUUCCAAAUGUUGACAUAAUAUAAAACUAUUGUAAGAAUAUAAUGACAACUACCAAAAUGGAAAGGGAAGUGGCAAUCAUCUCUAUGAUUUACAUAAACAGAUUGCUAAACUAUAAUUAAGGCUUAGAAUUAAACUGUUUCAACUGGUAGAAGAUUUUAUUUACGUCAUUGAUUAUGGCAUCUAAAAUAUGGGAUGAUGAAUCAUUUGAAAAUAAUAAUUUUGCAAAGGUUUUACCCUAAUUUUCAACUUUACAAAUAAAUGAGAUGGAAAGGGUCUUCUUGAAAUUAAUCGAAUAUCAUCUCUAUGUAAAUUCUGGGGAAUAUGCAAAACAAUAUUUCAUCUUAAGAACAUAUGCUGAUAAAAAAUAAAGAAGUUAUGCUCUCAAACAAUUAGAUAUCUCUACUGUUUUAAGAUUACAAAGAGGAGGCUAAUAACAAAUUUCAAAGCAAUAGUAUUUAAAUACUUAAAACAAAAGCUUUUGA